AUGCCGAACUUCAAUGCAGCCCCUCCUAUGUGGAACAUCUAUACGGCGCCCCGAGGCCUGACGUACCGGUAUCAUAGGCGGAUCCAGGAGGCCAACGGGGCGCCCCCACCCUAUUGGCGGUGCAUAAUAGGGGGAAAGAAAGGGAAACAAACUGCAUGGGAUGAACCCGCUGUUCCAGAUAAUGUGCCCCCUCCCUCUGAGAGGCAGAAGAAGCAGUUGAAAGAGCACCAGGCUGAAGUGAAGCAGCAGUACAAACAACAGAAAUCACAAGGGGGUGCAGGAAAACAAGUGGAAGGUCAUGAUCAAAAGCCAGAACCAGAGAUGGCGCCGCCCGAUGACGAGCCUCUGAAUACUAACUGGAAUAAUGCAUCACUUAGCACAAGACGAGAGAUCAACAAGAGGGUAGCAGCGGAAUCUGUUGUUGCAGAAAGGAGGAAACAGCACAUAAUGGAGACUGUACUGGUAGACCAGUUGUCACGAGCUCCAAUAAGUGACCCAGAACAGGACCAGGUACCCACACCGGGAUCAAGCCAUCGCUACUACGCACAAUCUCCUAUCAGACCACGUAAUCUACAUGCUACCAAGACCAAUCCUACCAACUCGGUCACGGAGAAGAUGCUUGCCAAACGUCUCAGCUUCAGUUGUCGGGUGGUGUCCAGGAACGGGAACAUGGCUCUUAAAGAGCUCUGUGGUUUCUAUUUCGCUCUAGACAAGACAAUGACCAUCUACGAAUUCAGGCAGUUUGGUAAAAAAGCUUCAGCUUUGCCAUUCAUCAAGAGAGAUAAAUACAGGAGGAGAACUGGAAGGAGAAAAGGCAUGUUAUACACUACACAGGAUUUAACAAGGGGUGAAGAUCUUAGUUUUGAGACGGAAGACCAGCCAUCUUUACCGGAGUGUCUUCAAAAGAAACCGGUCGUCGUUCUCAGAGUCACCGAUGUCGAUGAAGAUAUGAAGAAAGAUUUUAUCUUUGGAGAUAACGUACCAUACAAUGAUGUAGAGCUGAGGAAGGGAAUGAACCCGCAGAGAGCUAGGCAAGAAACAGAGGACUGGAAACUAAUAUCUCAUGUUCAGAAUGAAGUUCAUAAGCAGAUCAAGAGCCGAGCAUCACGGACAUUAACGGGGCUCGGGAAACACUUCAAGAAGCUUGACAAAUCAGGGGAUGGUACGCUAGAUAAAGAAGAGCUGACGGAAGCACUCAACACUUAUCGUAUCAAGCUAGAUAAAAAGCUCUUUGAUCAGCUUUGGUUGAUAAUUGAUCAGAACGGAGAUGGAGCAAUUGACUAUAGUGAAUUCUGCAGAGCAUUUAUUGGUGAAAUGAAUGAAUUCAGAAAACAUUACGUUAUCAAGGCAUUUAAGAAGAUUGAUGCAAAUAAGUCCGGAACUGCUGGUAUCGAUGAAGUCAAGAAGUUCUUUUGCGCUCACAAGCAUCCUCAUGUUAUCUCAGGCAAGUCUACAGAGCAACAAGUUCUGACUGAAUUCCUGGACGUGUUUGGACCUCGAGUGAAGGAGAUAUCAUACGGCGAGUUUGAAGACUACUAUGAGGGUGUCAGCAUUGCUACAAAGAGCGAUGACAAUUUCAUGAACUUGCUCCAGGGGUGUUGGACGUUAUAACUGAUCUAUAAAAAUAAAGGUAUCAGAACUUAUCGGAUUUGUUGCCUCGGGCCCGUAUUCUGUACUCUUCCUUAAUAAAUUCUUGUCCUCCCCCCUUAACUAUACACAUGCAGUGUAUAUUUGUUCCAGAUUCUUUGAGAUUAUUACCCCCAAUCAGAAGUUAUCAGGAUUUUGGGGGAGGAAGACCUGCAGGUUAUGGUUAUUGAGUUAACCUUUUCCAUACCCAGACAACCUCUCCAAUCCUCAUCCUUGUCUUAUUUUCUUUAUCAUGCAACUUUGUAACUGUUCUUCUCAUUGACUUUUUAUUUGUAACUCUGUAUUCUCGAUGUAUAUGACAUGCUGAAUGAAAUAAUAUCAAUUUUAAUGAGAGUUUAAGACUUGGACCCACAUUCUGAACUCUGCUUUAAUGAACUCUGGUCCUGCCCUUACCCCCCGCCCUCCUCUUAGACAGUGGUUCCGACUCUCACCUUUCAAACAGAGGGUCGUGAGUUCGAAUCCCAGCCAUGGCGUGAUUUCCUUCAGCAAGAAAUAUACCCACAUUGUGCUGCACUCAACCCAGUUUAUGUAAAUGGGUACCGGCAGGAAGUAAUUCCUCAAAAGCUGUGUGCACCGUAAUCGGUAGACUAGCUUAGCUGGGGUAAUAUAGAAGCGUCUUGAGCACCUAGCAAGGUGGGUAUGUGCGCUAUACAAAUGCUAUAUUAUGUAUUUUAUUUAUUAUAUGGGCAAUUCCAUAGGUUGGUGGACAUGAGCUCAAUGUGUCUUUGUACAUAUAGCCCAUCUGAACUGUAACGUGAGUAACCACUUUAUCUGCACCCCUAGUAAAAACCAUGUGUUCUUUAUUUUUUUAAUUGUAUACAAAUUUGUCUCCCUAAUAUACUUCUUUGAAAUAGAUAUAAUCAACUUUCAUAAAAGCCUUGUAUGAGGACACUUUUCACUUACAUGUAUGUCCACUUUUCAUUUUAUGCAUGUCCCAAUCAUGUAACAUGAGUAACCGACACAUUUCAAAGAUUUGCCAGGAGCAUAAUGAAAUUUCCCAAGUUUUCUUUUUAUACAAAGGAUAGUCAGACUGCGUACUAUGUUGUGAUAAAGAGAUGUUUAGUUCCUAUCAAUAAUAAUGGAGUUACAGCUCCAAGUAUGAGUCAAGGUGUCUCCAAAUGUAACGUGGGUAACCGUGGAAUAGCCCAUAUGCUUGUUCCACUUUCUUAAAGAUACCCCCUUUGGCAACUUAUCAAAAGUCUGUGCCUCGUCUUCUAUGCGUUUUCUCCUUUAUUUUGUCUUUGAAGAAAUGUGAGGAUCUGUAUUGAAAAUUUGCUAGUAUUCUGUAUAGUUUCAUUAACCUUUUCUGCUCGCAUUUUCGCCAUGAUUCAGCUUCAUGUCACUGUGCAUGAAUCGCCCUUCUAAAGAUGAAUUUGAUAUUUCCCCAAGUCAAAAGCAAUAAUUUCAGGGUAAUCAAAACAUGUGUUAAAUUCAAUUCAAGUGAAACAUGUUUUUGUUGUCUCAAGAGCUUUGACUUAGGCAUAAUUACCUGGGCUGGUAUUCAAUUAAAAACUUGGAUUAAGCAAAUGAAAAAUAAGUGCAUUUCUCAGUUGAGUAAAUAUUUUUUUUUCAGUUCAAUACAUGUACUUAGCAUUUUACUUUAGUUAAGCCAAGAAUAAGUAAGUCAAAAUUCUUUUACUGAGGAAGAAAAUUACAGUUUUUUCUGACUUUAAUAUGGUAUAUACUGCAUGAAUUCAACACAGGCCCUACAUUUUAGUGUAUUUUGCUUAAAAAAAACCCCCAUCAAAAUACAGACCACCUAUCAUAAAUGGAUUAAUUUGAAUUCCAUUAUUGUCUUUCCUUCAGUUUGAUGAUUAUAUUUUAUAUUAAUUUAGUACCAAUUAUUCACAACAACUUGUAAGAAAUAGCAUUUUUGGUGAAAAUGAUUACCUAUUGUUCAACUGUACUUUUUAACUUAUAAUAAUAUGCUGAGCUCUUCUUUAUUUUCUUCUUUAAAUUAGACAUGAUUUUUCUGGUGGCUAUACAUCAUCAUGUACUGUUUAUAGCAAUGAGAGUGUGCCAUGCCAGGCGGGUGUUUCAUAAAGCUGUUCGUAAGUUAAGAGCAACUUUAAGAACGGCAUGUGAUCCUUUCUUACCCACUAAAUAAUCCCCAAUGAACAUUUAAUGGUGAAUAUCAUUUACCACAAGAAAGGAUCACCAGUCGUUCCUAAAGUCACUCAUAACUUACAAACAUCUUUAUGAAACGCCCCCAGAAUUUAUAGCUCACUUCUCUAUGAUCUACAUUCUGAUUGAGAGUUUGAAAAUCCUGGUUCAACUCAUGGUCAGUUAAUACAGUAAAAUGUGUGCUUUUUAAAAUGGUUUUAUUCAUUCUUGCCAUUGAGGAAAAUGAACAAAUUUUAUUUGAAGUAGUGUAGGAAAAUGUGGUGUCACUAAAAGAUGCAUAAUGAAGUGUUGAAAAUCAUAUUUACAAUAGAGGUUGUCUGACAAAUACCUGUGCUCAUUAAUAAAUUCAGCUUGUACAUUUUAAAUGUUAGAAAUAUAGAAAUAACAUGAAUAUAUUGGAAAUUAUGUUUUAAAUGAGAUUAUUUAAUGACUAUUAAAUGGGAAGUUCACCCUGAUAUCGUGUUUUUAUAACAGGAAAAAGAGAGAAACACAGCAACAAAAAUUUGAGAAAUAUCUAUCAGAGUAUGACAGAGUUACAGAUUUUUUUUUAGAUAUUUUUUUUUAUCACAUGCAAGCAGCUCCUCAUUAUAUAAAUAGACCUUCCCCUGAAAUGAAAUUUUUCUCGGAGAAAUUGAAAAUUAUUUUACUGUUUCAUUCAGAAUAUCAUUAGACUGGUUAUUUCGUAUACAUUUUCAUGAGGAACAUAUUUUCAGUCAUUAUUUACAAUUAGAAAAUUUGGGAUUUCAAUUUUAUUGUUUAACCAUCAAAUACAAAAACAAUACAAACAAGUUGACAACAAAAUCAAGGGAAAAUUCCAGACAUUGAUGGUAAGGUUACCCCGAAGAAGCAAGGCUUAUAAAAAGGGGCCACCAAGUACAAUUAUUCAAUUCGUAUUUAUUUUUCACUCAUAAAAAGAAAUCAACAAAGUACAAACAUAUAAACAGAUAAGAUAGAUGACACGAAGAUACAAUAAAAUCUAGGUAACAUGAGUGAGGGCAGUGGCAAGAAAGGACGAGCCUUACAAACGCCAACCCAAGAUACUUAAUGAAAUAAAUUGAAAUAACACAAUUAUACUAAAAAUUAGGAAAACAAAAUACCGUACAGCGUACAUACAUACAUGUACCAUGGAGCUAUAGCUCUAUGUACAUACCAACAAUUAUGAAAAAAAAAUUAUGAAACAUUUAUAAAAAGUUUUUACAUGGCAUAUAUAGCUGCUUGCUUAUGUCAUUGCAAAGUCCAAACUAUUAAAAAAAUUACUAAUUCUGUUAUUUUUGAUGGAUUUUCAUCAAAUCUACAUUGAUAUGUUUCUCUUGUUUUUCUGCUAAUCAGGUAAUAUUUGAGGGGAAACUUCCCCUUUUAAGAUGUAUGUUACAUUCCAAAGGCAUUUUUUUAGUCACACUGCAUCUUCUGCGGGGCGUUUCACAAAGAUUUAAGUAUGACUUAAGUCGUCACACUUAAUUGCCUGGUUGCGUACUGUAUAAAAGGCAUGACCACAUUGGUCAGAUCAUGCCAAGAGGAUGUGCACUACUGCGUAUUAAUCAAUAAGAUUUACACGUUACAAAUCAUGUACGCAUCAACAUUUAGGUGCGACUCCAAGUCAUACUCAAAUCUUUGUGAAACACCCCCCGUGCUCAGUAGAUAUGCUCCAUGAAAAUGUUUAUUAUAAUUGAAUUUGAAUUAGUGUACAGGUACAGUGUGAUAUUGAUAUAACUUAUUCUUAUCCUGUAACAUAUAUGAAUCAUAUAUGAUUAAAAUAUUAAUUUAAUGAUGUAUAAACU